AUGCUGAUUGCGGAGCGUCUUCGUUGCAUUAUUUUCCUCUCUUCCUUUCUUCCCUCCCUAGUCCUCUUCCAAAUCCUCCUGCUCGUGGGGCUCGUAAGCGCCAAGAGGUUUUCGUGUUUCCCUGAAUAUUGCCUUCAGGACGAAGACUACGAGGAGCUACUGAAUAUAGUCAAGCAUGGGCUAGGACGUGCAACUAAGCCAGCAAAUGUGGUCAUCGUCGGUGCAGGAAUAAGCGGACUUACGGCAGCGAAGCUGCUCCAAGAUGCCGGCCACAAGGUUACCAUUCUGGAAAUCAGCAAUCGGGUCGGGGGACGGAUCAGGACCUACCGAGAGGAGGGACAGGACUGGUACGUGGAGCUGGGAGCCAUGCGCCUGCCAGGCAAGCACAGGCUGGUCCGUGAAUUUAUUAGGCAGUUCAACCUGAAGCUAAACCCAUUCCUCCACACAGACAACAACACCUGGUACUUUGUGAAUGGCGUCCGGGUGAGAGCCGGGGAAGUGGAUAGAAACCCCAACAUCCUAAACUACACGCUGCAUCCCUCGGAGAGGGGCAAAAGUGCCAGCCAGCUUUAUAGGGAGGCACUACAUAAGGCCUUCAAAAAUUUCCAGACUAUGGACUGCAAGGAAUAUCUGACAAAAUAUGACUCCUUCUCCACCAAGGAAUAUUUGAUCAAAGUAGGAAAUCUGAGCCGAGGAGCUGUUCAGAUGAUCGGUGACCUGUUGAAUGAGGACUCCGGAUUUUAUCUGUCUUUCCUUGCCUCGCUGUGGGAUUUUGAUAUCUUCUCUGAUGAGGAAAGCUUUGACGAAAUCACAGGGGGUUUUGACCAACUGCCUGAAGCCUUCCAUGAAGCGCUGCCAGACGUCGUCAAAUUCAACUGCACGGUGGAGAAAAUCAUGAGGGAGGGAGGCAAAGUCCAGGUGUUUUACCGUGCUCCGGACACCCUGGUCCCGAGUAUAGCAAACGCAGAUUACGUCCUCGUCACUUCGUCUGCCAAAGCCACCAGGCACAUCCAAUUCGUCCCACCUCUCUCUUCCCCCAAGACCCAUGCCCUUCGCUCCAUCCACUAUGCAAGUGCCUCCAAAAUAGUGUUGGCUUGCACUGAGAAGUUCUGGGAGAAGGAUGGCAUUCGAGGAGGGCACUCCAUCACUGACCGCCCUUCCAGGUUUAUCUACUACCCCAGCCACAACUUCUCCAGUGGGGUAGGGGUGAUCCUAGCCUCCUACACCUGGAACGAUGACGCCGAGUUCUUCCUGCCCCUCACGGAUGAAAAGUGCCUGGACGUGGUGCUCCAGGACCUGGCGGACAUCCACCAGGUGAGCAAGGAGUACCUGCAGUACACCUGCAGCCAGUACGUGAUACAGAAGUGGCAGCUGGACAAGCACUCAAUGGGGGCAUUUGCGGCCUUCACCCCUUACCAGUUCACUGACUUCUCGUGGGCUCUCUUUGAGCAAGAGGGCAGGGUGCAUUUCGCGGGAGAGCACACUGCCCAGCCUCACGCCUGGAUCGAUACCUCCAUGAAAGCCGCCGUGAGGGCCGCGAGCAACAUCCAUGACGACAGCGAGGCCCGGAUGCUCAGCGAAAACGAGGAGCUGCUGGAGGAUUUCUUGGAGAAGGAUGAGCUCUGA